UAUUUUUAUAUAUUUUUGUCCAAGAAAGAAAUGCACAAGGACAACAUGUACGAAGUAUAUUUGUCAGUAUAUUCUGUAACAGACUUAUGUUUAGCUCCUAUUGAAACAAUAGUGGCUCUAUUCACUAUAAAGUACUGCGAAUCGUCGGUUGAUAUUAAGCUAAUACCAAUCGACCAAGAUCCGACUGAGCAAGCUUACAAAAUAGAUCUCUCGAGUUUUGUCUAUGAGAUUGUAAGCGAAGUACCUUGUUACGCGAGUUCGUGCGAAUUACCGUGCUUAAUUAUAAGUAAAUACAGUUGUGUGUCUGGUUUGUGUAUCGUUUUGCGUCAGAUUAUACAGGAGGUGGUUUCAGCACCUUCAAUGAACCAAUAUUUGAAGUUAUUAGGCUUUAGAUCUGGCAGCUUGAAAGUUUCCUCUGAGACAUGUGCGUGGACUAAAUUCUGUGAAGUCGAUCUUAUCUCGACGUUGAAGCACUUGAAUACAAAUAGUCUCCUACUCCCCACCAGCUUAGCUAGAUUCGAAUGCCACAUGUCUAGACCAAUCCGACUGCACAAUAAGCACAGAUAUCCAUUGGGCAAACAAUUUGCUGCGCUCGAUAUAGUUCAGCAGGAUGGGACAGAUUCAAGGGAACACGAAUAUGUCGAGGCUGUGCAUAUCACUUUAUCUGAUAUAAUUAUAUUUGUAUGCAUGCACAUGUUGCUGAGUACCUUCUCAAGCCAAACGAUACCAAAAUUAGUACCACUGACUAUCAAAUGGUACGAUAGAAUGUUGGCGGAUCAACGUAUGAAAAAAUGCAUCAGAUGUCUACCCACACAGAAGAGUCAUAAAUUAAGUGAGCUUCAGUACACGCUUCCAGCUGUAGUCGACGAGUCUUUAUACAAUAGCUCUCCUAAGCCGGGAAACCGCACAAAACAGGAAGACAUAGAACAUUCGUUGCGAUUAGUUGAAAGUAUGAAAGUGUCGAUGGAACUCGAUGCCGAGCCGUUCGGUGCAGAAGUAGAUGGACUGAACUGGACCGAUGUGCCUUACGAAGCUAGGCCGGAAAAUGGACACGUGCCAGCCACGCGACGCGAUCGAAAACGAGAGCAACUGCAGAACCUGUGCAAGGCAGUGCUGAAAUUGGCAAAGGACGAUGACAUUAUCGUAGACUUCUGCUCGGGUUCCGGACAUUUGGGGAUACUGAUAGCGUAUUUGCUACCUCGUUGCAAGGUCAUUCUGAUGGAGAACAAGGAUAGAUCCAUGGCUUUUGCCAGAGAAAGAGUGGAAAAGCUGAGGCUGACGAAUGUCCGGCUAUGUCAUGGUAAUUUCAAUCAUUUCAAAUUCAAUUUCGAUAUCGGCAUGUCGCUGCAUGCUUGCGGUGUUGCGACGGAUUUGGUUAUUCAAUCUUGCGUAGAGAAGAACGCGAUCUUCGUAUGUUGUCCGUGCUGCUAUGGCUUUGUGCAGGAUUGUCAUCGACUUACAUAUCCGCGUAGCGAUAUUUUCAAGGAGCAUCUUGGAAAUCGAGAAUACUCGUUCUUGAGUCACGCUGCGGAUCAGACGCAUCAUCACUGUUGCUCUGAACAGAAUGUCAAGACUGCGCAAGGAUACCGAUGUAUGACAAUCGUGGAUACGGACAGAAAGCUGUACGCCGAACAAUUCGGAUAUAAAGUUCAUCUGGGACAGCUGAUUCCACCAAUGUGUACACCUAAGAAUUACUUGUUAGUUGGUAUACCAACAAAUAGAACGGCGCGCGCUGAUCACUAUGAAAGUUGAUUAUAUUUUUACCAAAAAAAAAAAAAUUAAAUGCCAUGAAGAAAAUUAAAUAU